ACCGAUCCUCAUCUGAUCAUCUCUUGCCUCGGCCGGUCUUUGUUGCGUCUUUGUUAAUUUACACCGUGAGAAUGAUAACUUGAAGAAACAACUAUGGAAAAUAGAAUCCCUCGUCUUAUAGGGACGCUUCCGCGAUCAAGACGCGGGCUUGCGCGUUCCAUCCGGCGACAGCAUCACGCCACCUCGACUUCGAAUAGCUGGCAAAAACCUCCGGCAUGGGCUAAUGUAGCAGAGGAUGAGAUUGCUAGACUGGCGGCUUUACGACGUCGUCCAUUGACUUUGACAGAUCUUCUCAAGCAUGGCCAACCUCCAUUAUCGAAACAGGCUCUUCUCGAUUCCGCCAAUUUCACUCUCUCGCUUCUUCCAGCGCGUCUGGCUUAUCGAAUACAAUGUUUAAGAAAUCUACCAUUCAUUGUAGUAUCCAACCCCCACGUUUCGCAGAUCUACAAUAAUUAUCUUCAUUCGCUAUCAACACUCUUACCAUACCAGCAACAUCGAAUCACCACCCUCGAAGAAGAGAAACAAUUCGCGGAAGUGAUGGCUGAUCUAGUCCAAACACACACGAACACAAUACCCAUACUGGCCAGAGGAUUUCUCGAAUGCCGAAAGUAUAUUAGCGCCGAAGAAGUGACUCGCUUCCUAGAUUCACACUUACGAGCCCGAAUUGGGACACGACUAAUUGCCGAGCAACAUCUUGCUCUUCAUUUUGCAUCUCAGCCGAUCAGCGAUGACAAUCCAAACCCGCCACUUUCACAACGAGAACAUGGACCUCCGAAUUAUAUUGGUGUCAUUGACACCGCUCUAAAACCCUCGCAGAUUGUUCGAUCGUGUGAGCACUUUGUGAGCGAGAUUUGCGAGUUGAAAUAUGGUGUUCGACCAACUCUUGAAAUUAAUGGGGAACCUGACGCAACAUUUGCCUAUAUUCCCGUACAUGUCGAGUACAUAAUUACGGAGUUAUUAAAAAAUGCAUUUCGAGCAGUUGUCGAGUCGGGACAGGAACGUGAACCUAUUGAAGUCACCAUAGCAGCUGCCCCAGAUAUCCCAGGCAACCAUCUCAACCACAUCAAUAAUAUCCCACAUCAUGCCCGAGACGGUGACGUGGACAUUUCCGCCGAAGAAGAGAUUCUCGUCGCCAAUGAAAACAUCCGUCUUACCAAUACUUCGUCACAAAGUAUCACAAUCCGCAUCCGGGACCGCGGUGGUGGUAUCCCACCUGAAAUUCUGUCUCAGGUCUGGUCAUACAGCUUCACGACAUUUUCCGAGGAUAAUUCGGCUGGCGGAUAUAACGGCAACAUUGACGCGCUGAAUACGAUCUCAGGGAGUGGUGGAAAUACUAGUACAAUUGCUGGAUUGGGGUAUGGCUUGCCAUUGAGUAGGGCCUAUGCCGAGUACUUUGGAGGAAGUAUUGCCAUACAGAGUCUAUGGGGAUGGGGAACCGAUGUAUAUUUGACUUUAUCCGGGGUCGGUCGGAUAGGGGAGUAAGUUGUCUGUAUAGAUAUACUAUAUAGAAGAUGAAAAAAAGAUGAUGAUUCGUCUUCGCAACCACCUGUCAGCAGUAUGAAUAUCCCAAUCCAUGCUGGAUGUACUAAAUUGAAACUAGAUAUACAACUUGAAGAGAGAAAUGUGCCU